GCGAGUGCUGGCGCGAAAGCAUGCGGCGCGAGUCUCGUCGAGUACUUUCGUUUCGCGCGUCGUGAAUUCAUUCGUAUCGCUUGUCAUUCAUCGCCGAAUUGUUCUCGCGACAAGGUCUAAUAAUUUUUCAAUUAAGAUCCAAUCGAGCGACUCGAAUCGUUUGCCAAAGAUACAUUGAUUUUUUCUAUCAAAUUCGGCGAAAGUCGUGCUGAUUCCUUUGAGAAUUUCUAGAUCGGCCCAUAAGAGAAUAAGCGUGAUUGUGCGAAUCACACCGAGGUGUGUAGAAAGUUUUGUAUAUUAAAUAGUACUCAAAAAUAAAUUUUAUUAGCGAAUUAACGAUGUAUUUAGAAAGUGCUCCUGAAAAGACGGAAGUAUCGUAAAAAUAUAGAAGAAAUUGGCAGGUUGACUGAUAAUUCGAUGUGUGAAUAAGAAAUAAAAUUAUCAUUAUCUACUGAUAUACAAUUUAUCGACGCUCUACUAUCAAGGAAAGUUAUUUUUUACGUCGGGUUUACUAUUACUCUCGCCAUUCAUUCUAUUCUAGACAAAGUGCGUAAAAUGUCACGGACGACUUUUCGAAUCAUUUACUUAUACGCGCUGACGCAUCCCUGACGUCACACGCAUAUCCAAUAAGUUCGAGAUGGGGAGAACGCGUGCGUAAUUCUAACCGCAAGGACGCCAGUGUUCAGAGGCGUAGGCAAAGUUCUCUUUAAAGCAGAUUAAAUUGCUCUGCUUGAAGAAUUCAUUAUGAUCAAGCGGCAAUUAAGAUGGCGAACAAGAGUUAAGAGAGCGCUUAAUAUCUGGUAUAAUUACCAUCACAGCAACGAGACGUUAUGAAAAGAAACCGAAAUUCAUGCUAUGUCAAUUGAAUUUCUCUUCGCAACGAUUGAUUGAGUGACCUGACAGAAACAUCAAGAUUUUAUAGUAGACAUUAGACAUGAUCGAAUGAUGGAGGUAAUUUCGACACGUCGGUACGAAGUCCGUCCACCGACAAACACCCACUCCCCUAUUCUCGUUGACCCUGAGAACUCCGUGGCAUUAAUCAAAGAAGAGGAAUGGGAGACCCGCAAGAAAAAGGAGAUCACGACUACCCGGCAGAUCGAGACCAGGGUGAAACGGCAGGUCGUCCUCGAAGAUGGCGAAGUCGUUGUCGAUUCUGGUCCUCUCGUUACCACCAACACUACCGAGGAUGUCGAGCAACAGGAGCAUACAACUCAGGAGAGACGCACGACCGGGGAUCAACCGCAGGAGGUCGACUGGCGGCCGGCGGCAGGUGGUAUUGUGACCGGAAGUGGCGGUAACAUCGUGCAAAAGGAGCUCAACGAGACGGUGUUGAGGAGCCGCGAGGAGAUCGAGGAGAGACUCGAGACGGAGGAUCGUCAACAGCUGGGAGAUAUCUCGGACGAGGCAUACCAGAAGGCGGUGCGUAACAAUAAGGGCGACUUGCGAGUCGCUCUUGCUGAAUCUUCGAAACAGUUGGCGCCGCAGUCCGGUCCACGGGUCAUUCAGCACACGACCAGGUCGAACAAAGUCAUCGACACCGAGAAGACCUUGGAGAAAAAGGAACUGAAGGCUGAUGGAUUAAUCGUUACCGAGAAGAAGCGAACGGUCGAGCACGAAGAGAUCAACGACGACGAGGUUCCGGACGACGGUGGGAACGACGACGACGACGCCGCGGAAACGAAAAAAGAAGGUUCGCAGAGAUACGUGAAGAAGAGAGAAGAGGACGUGGUAGACUACAUCUCGGCCGGCGAGAGAGUCGGCCGAGAAAUGCGCUACGUCGCAGAGACAACCGAAGGAGAACGAAUAGGCGACUGGUCACCAUCACCGACGGGUAUGCGGACGACUCGUUUCCACAAAUACUCCGGCUUCUUGGAUGCCGCGCGAAAAGAUGCUCUAACGAAAAAGUCGUUGGAUCUGGAAGAAGAGGAUGAGGCGAGAAAAUUUGAGACAUCGAAAUGGCUGGAGAGUCACUUUGGCAGCGACUCGCGUUCAUCUCAUGGAUCUCUCGACGCCGACGACUCCCCUCUUCCAACCAGCACUAAUACGAGUUACAUCAAUGUUACUAUGAAAUCCUGCACCCCGAAGGAACGCGAAUAUGAAAACGUAAGCUCCAGCCGCCAUCACAGACGUGGUAGAGAUUCGAACUCACCUUCAGGAUAUUAUCAUGGAAUCAGCGAAUGGUCGGAACGAUAUCAAGGAAGAGAGAAACAAAAUCACGCACGAUCGAGCUCUCCAGUUCGAUAUGUGGAAACUGUUCGUACCAACGGACAUGCCCAUGGGCAUAAGAGAAAUCCAGUUGAAUCAUCAUACUCGAAAACUUACGAAUCGUUUCGACGUGAGUACCAAAACUCUAUCGAGGAACGACAACGUACUCCUUCCCCACCGAUUCGUCGGAGAUCCAAAGAACAAUGGGCAAAAUCCGAAGAAAAAAUUAAUUUGAACGAACCAUCGCCGGGUCGUACUUCAAGCCCGGUACACGUGGUACAAAGAACUUGGGAGAGCCGCAAUCGCGAUGCUCAAGCACAGACUCCAGAAAGAGAGGAUUAUAAGAAUAUCUCGCCGCGAUCGCGAUCAAUCUCACCAAAGUUACAACCAAUUAAUCGCCAAGAAAAGAAGUCUGAUACUUCACGAGCGUCGAAAAAUACUGGUUCUAAAUAUAAGAUCGGUGAAUCCUUUCGGAAGCUGGUGGGAAAAUUGCGUUCAGCCAGUACGGAGAGGAAGAACAAGCGGGGAAGCGGCAAUUCGACCUCGCAAUUGACGCAGACCGAUGACAACGGUCCGACUUAUUUGCAAUACAACGUCGUCGACCGAAAUAUUCCUCUCGUUAGCGAAAGGGAUAUGAUAGAAGACAAACCGCCUGAGAGACCGCCGCGGUCGCCGCGAAAUGUCAACGUGCCGAAUAAAGCCACCAAAAUAUCCACUAAGACGGCCAAUCACGUCGUUCAAGAGCAAUGGCAACGUAGUGAAUCCACGCCACCGCCUUUACAGAGGUAUUACUUGGGCGAGGAUCCUUUCGGCGGCAGCAUCUAUGGUCGCGAGAAAGGGUACGAGAUCGGCAGAGAUCGACAGCGACACGGAAGACCACGGAGCUCUGGUAGAGUUGCUGUAGAUUCCGAGAACAGCGUUGCCUCCAGCUCCCUCGGCAGGUUUAGCAAAUCCACCAGCAGACUGGUCGGCGAUUACGAAAAAGAGGAGCAGUUCCGGCCCAUCCAGACAUUACCGCGAAAUCUGCACUCCACCGGUGGUGGACAAUCAACUCGUUCGCAGACAGCAUCGCAGAUUAGACGACACCAGGCCACUCACAUCGGCAGACAUGGCAAAACAGGCCAGCAACACGGUAGCAUGAUCAACAUAUCGAUCAAGAACGCCGUGAACACGCCACCCAAGUUGAACAUGACGAGCGCGUAUAGCACUCUUCAAGCACCGCCGAAACCCGAACGGACGUACAAAUCAUCGCUGUCCCGCAGCAGAAGCUUUAACGUCGAUGUCGACAAGAACGGCGUCGACGCACCGAUACGUGCCCCGUAUACCUCCAAUUUGCACCUGAACCGGUUGGACGAAACACCGCCGCUGAAGAGCCCCGGUAUUCUCGCCAGCAUUAGUCGCAGUAACAGAGAUCUGUUAAAAGAAGGUAAAUAUUAAGAUGGUCGCGUCAGUGACCAUAUAUAUCGGGUAUUAAUUUACAUUUUCCCCUUCCCUUUCCUUCCUCUUUCCUCCUGACAUGCAUACGCAAAAAUCUUCCACCUUUAAAGCAUGAGUAAAAAACUACAGCCCUAGUAAAAUAAUGAAUUAAAUAUGUAUUUUACAUGUAUUAUAGAUUUUUGUACGUAUAUAUUUUCGAUAAUCUUGUAUUUAUUCUUCUGUCGGUCAACUGCCGCUGAUCCCUCCUAUCCUUAACUGUAUCAUUAAUGAUCAUACAUGUUUGUUCUAUGAUAGAUAUAUACUAUUAUACAGGGUGUCCCAGUGUUACCGCACCAUCUACUAAUGACAAAUUCUUAAGAUGAUUUUAAGAUGAUUUUCUCUCAGCAAAAAUAUCGAGGCAUCAAUAAUUUCCGUGUUAUAAGCGAUUUAAAAAGAAGGGCUUUUUGCAAAACUUUAUAGAAAGUUAAAACUACAUUUUUUAGUUAAGUUCAGAUAAAGUUUACUUUAAUAGAGAGAGAGAGAGAGAGAGAGAGAGAGAGAGAGAGAGAGAGAGAAUUUUAAUUUAAGGCUUAUUGUUAGUUAGAAAGAUACAUGAUGGAAAAAAUUGAAAACUUGUAAAAAGUGGUGCGGUAACUCUAGGACAACCUGUAUUUUCAAAUUUAUCCUUAUUAAUCAGUUGAUCUUUUUUAUUUCCACAUUAUCACGCACACUUAUGCAUUUUAAUGUGGAGUACUAUCGAUAUAAGUAAAUAGUAGACAAACAUAUCUUUGAAACUGCCAAACAAAUUAGCAGAUGGUGCUACAAUUUAUAUAAUAGCCGAUUUUUUUAUUUGAAUGAGGAAAAAUAAUUUAAGUUCUAAUAUGCAAUAUGUACAAUAUCUUUUUACAAACUAUUUAUGUGAGUUAGAUUGAAUCACAUCUAGAACGGAAUAUUAUAUUGAUAAAUUGACUGAUGACAUACAAUUGCUCCAAAUCUUCCUAAAUAUUAAAUAAUUCUUCGUAUUUUUUAAAAUUUAUAUGCUAUGUAUUCUCGAUAGUUAAAUUACUGAUAUUCUUACAAAAAGAAACGUGUGUUAAGAUUGUUACUAAUUUCGGUAUAUGAUAUACAAUGUAUCUCAUGUCUAUUGUUCUUCUAUCAUUCAUAUAUUCUUUAAACGCUUUGAAGUACAUUUUUUUUUAUUAACAGAUAAUUUUACUUGUUGACUUGUUCCUUUCGGUUCUUAGAAAUGAUAACCAAAAGGAAGUAUCGAGAACUUGAAACACUCUGUAUAUCCGUCAUCACGCAUAAUUUUUAUUAAGUGAAUAUACGAGUUUCAUACAGAUGCGACAUUACUUACAUAUUUUUGGUUUAUAAUAUAAAUAUGUAAUAAGUUUCUUUUCUUCUAUCACAUAUUUAUGUAUAUACAUUAUCUCUUUUAUUAAAAAAAACAUAAUAUAUAUAUCUUGGAUUUUUAAAGA